AUGUCUACAAACACCAUAAAAGUUUUAGAAAGAAAAAACACGGAACUAAUACACAAAAACAACAAUCUGGAAUUGAGGGUAGGUGCAUUGGAGCAGCGUUUCCAUGAGAUGGAACAGGAGAAACUUUCUAAUUUUAUAGAAAUAGCAAACGUCCCCCCUGCGAGUGAAGAGAAUGUGAGAAAAUUAGUUGAAAAUGUAGCAUUAAAACUUAAACAGCCCUUCGACAGUAUCCGUAACACAAUGCGAUACCAAGGUAAAAACGACCAACCGGGCAUUAUACAAGUAAAACUUAAUGAUAAAGCAACCCAAGAAAAGUGGAUUAAAGCUGCAAAAACCAUUAAAACUAUGGUGGCCGAUGUUUGCCCCUAUGAACCCAACAAUAACAAAAUAGUAUUCAUCAGGGAAGCAAUGACUAAACACAACAAAAGCGUUUUAUGGGAAGCCAAACAGGAAUUAAAGAAUAAACAAGGAUAUAAAUACGUAUGGUUUAAAAACGGUAUGGUGCGUGCAAGAAAGGAUGAAAACACUAAAAUACAAAACCUAAGAUCAGUGUUGGAUAUACAAGUGCUAAAAAAAAGACAGAAUGCCAAUUAACUGACCAAUUUAAAUGCAUAUAAAUUAUUAUUAUUAAGAUGGAUAGUUUAACUAGUGAUAUUUGUGAAUUAGAAGACUGUAUAAACAUAAGUGAUUUUGUGAGUAAAAUUCCCAGUAGACAUUUAAAUCUAUUGUGUGUACACAUAAACAUAAGGUCAAUCAUAAAAUACUUUGAUAGUCUUGAGCAAUGUAUUUAUGCGGCUGGCGCUGUUGACGUUAUUGUGCUUACAGAAGUAAACAUUUCUGAUAAAAUCAGUUGUCUGUAUAAUUUAGAUGGAUACCAUAUGUUUUCGGCACUCAGAAACGGUAGGAAAGGUGGAGGUAUCGUAGUAUAUGUAAAAAAGAAACAUAAAUUUAAUAUGAAAAUUGUAAAAAGCCAACAUUUCGAGAAUAUACUUUUUACCAUCACAACUCAGACAAAAUACACUGCUCAAAUUUGUGCUAUUUACCGCCCACCUAGCCUAAGCAAGAACCUGUUUAUUGACGAACUUCAUAAUAUUAUUAAGAACAACUGUCAGAAAAAUAUUGAUUUGUAUCUAUUGGGAGACGUUAAUAUAAAUCUAAAGCUAGACAUUCCUAUAAAACAUAAAUAUUGCAACACAUUACACAGUUUAGGCCUUAUGUGUGGGAUCACAACUUACACUAGGGC